GCGAGUUACAUGUCUAACAACAUUACUUAUACUUCAACUACGAGUAUACAGUUGUCCAAUCGUUUCACGAUGUCGGCUAAGAACGAGAAAAUUGGUAUAAUCGGCAGCGGUUUAAUCGGUCGCAGCUGGGCAAUGCUUUUUGCUAGUGUAGGAUAUGAAGUAGUUAUUUACGAUAUUGUAAGUGAGCAAAUUAAGAAAGCACUCGAAGAUAUUCAACAACAAUUGAACCGUCUUGAAAAUGGCGGCCUUUUACGAGGUGCUCUUACCGCUGACCAACAAUUUAAGUUAAUUAAAGGAUCAUCCAGUUUGGCCGAAACCGCAAAGGGAGCUAAACUUAUUCAAGAGUGCGUCCCAGAGAAUCUGCCUUUAAAAUUGAAGGUGUACAAUGAACUUGACAAUGUAGUUGACGAUAAAGUGAUUCUGUCUUCGUCGACGUCCACAUUCCGUCCAUCUUUGUUUAGCGAGAAAUUAAAACACCGUGAUCAAGUAGUUGUGUCACAUCCGGUGAAUCCCCCAUACUACGUACCACUCGUAGAAAUUGUACCUGCGCCAUGGACGCGCGCUGAUAUACCAUCGCAAACGAAAGCUAUUAUGAUUGAAAUAGGUCAAAAACCUGUCGUAUUUAGCAGAGAAAUUGACGGUUUCGCGUUGAACAGAAUUCAAUAUGCAAUCUUGAACGAAGCAUGGAGAUUAGUAGCUGAUGGAGUAUUAAGCGCAAAAGAUGUGGAUGCAGUCAUGAGCGAAGGUCUUGGAAUGCGUUACGCUUUCCUCGGUGCCUUCGAAGCUGCGCAUUUGAACGCCGAAGGAAUGAAAAAGUACUGCGAGACAUAUAAAAAUUCAAUGUACAACGUAAGCAUGACGUUUGGCCCCACUCCUAAAUUUGAAGGUGAGAUGGCGGAAAAAAUUAGCAACGAACUAAAUGAAAUGUGUCCAUUGGACAAACUUCAAGAACGACGUGCGUGGAGAGACGAAGCUUUGACAAAAUUGUCCUUGUUAAAAAAAGAAUUGAAUAAAAAAAAGUAAAUUAUUAUGUAUGAAUAUUUUCUAUGUUGAAAUGUAUUUAAUUAAUGAAGUUGAAAUAAAAGUUACAUUUCUAUAAUCACUUUGAACAA